CCUGGUGGCAGAACUGCACAUUCUAGGUUUUCUAUUCCAAUUUCUAUAAAAGAGAGUUCAACUUGCAAUGUAUCACAAGGUUCUUUAAAGGCAGAGUUGUUACAAAAAACAAGUUUGAUCAUAUGGGAUGAAGCACCCAUGCUCAAUAAAUGGUGUUUUGAAGCAUUGGACCGGACUUUAAAUGAUAUAAUGAAGUCGCAUCAAAGUGUUGAUAGUGGCAUGCCUUUUGGGGGUAAAGUGGUGGUUUUGGGUGGAGAUUUUAGGCAAAUUUUGCCAGUUAUUCAGAAAGGAAGUCGUUCUGAAAUUGUUAGUGCCACAAUCAAUUCGUCUUAUCUUUGGAAGCAAUGUCAUGUGCUAAAACUUACCAAAAACAUGAGGCUUAUUAGCUCAAAAUGUCAUGAUGAAAAGAUUGAAAUUAAAAGGUUUGCUGACUGGCUAUUAGACAUUGGUGACGGAAAGGUGAAUACAAUUGAUGCAGAAGAUUCUACAAUUCAGAUUCCAGAUGAUCUUCUUAUUCUUGACUCUGAUAAUCCAAUUCAAAGUUUGAUUGACUUUGCUUACCCUCAAAUGCUGCAAAAUUUGAAUGAAAAGAAUUACAAAUUCUUUGAAGAUAGGGCUAUUUUGGCUCCUACAUUAGAAAGUGUAGAAAUUAUUAAUACUGAAAUGCUAGGUAAAAUUCCAGGUGAGAUUAAAGAAUAUUUGAGUUGUGAUACAACUUGCAGGUCAGAUGAAGACUCAGAGGUCGAAGCAGAAUGGUUCACAACUGAGUUCCUCAAUAAUAUUCAAUGUUCCGGUAUACCAAAUCACAAAUUGAGUUUGAAAGUGGGUGUCCCUAUUAUGUUGUUGCGCAACAUUGACCAAGCAGGUGGACUUUGUAAUGGUACUAGAAUGAUUGUUAAAGAUAUGGGAAAAAAUGUUAUUGUUGCCAAUGUAGUAUCAGGGAAGCAGUUAGGUGAGAAGGUUCUUAUAUCAAGAAUGGAUUUAGUACCUACAGACUCUGGUUUACCAUUUAAAUUUGUCAGGAGACAGUUUCCCAUUGCUUUAUGUUUUGCAAUGACGAUUAAUAAAAGUCAAGGUCAGACGCUUUCUCAUGUCGGUUUGUAUUUGCCUAAGCCAGUAUUUACUCAUGGACAGUUAUAUGUUGCCUUAUCAAGAGUAAAGUCCAGAAAAGGUCUCAAAAUUUUAUUGUUAGAUGAAGAUGGAUUAAUCUCAAAGGUCACCAAAAAUGUGGUAUACAAUGAAGUUUUUCAAAACGUUUGA